AUGUCAACAAAAUUACAAAUGAUUGUAGAUGAUCCAUAUCUUGAACCAUUUGCUGCAACAAUUUAUGGAAGACAAAAGAAAACACUUGAUGUUCUUUCAAAAAUAGAACAUAAUGAAGGAUCAUUAGAAGAAUUUGCUAAUUCAUACAAACGAUAUGGAUUAAAUAGAACAGUACAAAAAGAAAAUGGAAAAGAAGUAGAAGGAUGGAGUAUUAGAGAAUGGGCACCUAAUUUUAAAGAAAUGUAUUUAUUUGGAGAUUUUAAUAAUUGGGAUAGAGCCACAGCUAUUAAAUUAACUCGUGAUGAAUUUGGAACACACAAUGGGUUUAUUCCAGAUGAAAAUGGAGAAUCUAAAAUUAAACAUUUAAGUAAAAUAAAAGUAUUUGGUAUCACAUAUUCUGGAGAACGAUUAGAUAGAAUUCCUACAUAUCAUAGAUAUUGUGUUCUUAAUCCUAAGACAUCAUCAAUGGAAGCUGUUGUUUAUAAUCCAGAACAUCCAUAUAUUCCUACAUCACCAAAACCAAAAAUUCCAAGUGCAUUAAAAAUAUAUGAAAGUCAUGUUGGAAUUUGUACACCAGAAAAGAAAAUAGCAAGUUAUGAUGAAUUUAGAGAAAGAAUUGUUCCAUAUUGUAAAAAAGUUGGAUAUAAUGCGAUUCAAUUAAUGGCUAUUAUGGAACAUCCAUAUUAUGCAUCUUUUGGAUAUCAAGUUACAAAUUUCUUUGCAGCAUCAUCACGAUUUGGAACACCUGAUGCAUUAAAACAUUUAAUUGAUGAAUGUCAUAAAGAAGGAAUUAUUGUAUUAUUAGAUAUUGUUCAUUCACAUACAUCUGCAAAUGUAGUUGAUGGAAUUAAUAUGUUUGAUGGAAAUGUAUCAGGAUAUGCAGGAUUAUGUAGAACAUUUGAGGAUGGAGGAAUUGGAUUUGAUUAUAGACUUGCUAUGUCAUGUCCAGAUCUUUGGAUAGAAUAUUUAAAAACAAAGAAAGAUGAAGAUUGGAAUGUAAACCAUAUUGGAUUUGUAUUAAAUAAUAGAAGAUGGAAAGAAAAAGCUAUUGCUUAUGCAGAGUGUCAUGACCAAGCAUUGGUUGGAGAUAAAACUAUUUCAUUUUGGUUAAUGGAUAAAGAAAUGUACACUGGAAUGUCAUGUUUAUGGCAACCAUCAUUAGUUAUUGAUAGAGGAAUUGCUUUACAUAAAAUGAUUCGAUUAGUAACAUGUAUGUUAGGAGGAGAAGGAUAUUUGACAUUUAUGGGAAAUGAAUUUGGACAUCCUGAAUGGCUUGAUUUCCCAAGAGAAGGAAAUGGUGAUUCAUUCCAUUAUUGUAGAAGACAAUAUAAUUUGGUUGAAGACCAUUUGUUAAGAUAUAAAUUUUUAUUGGCUUUUGAGAGAGAAAUGCUUCAUUUAGAAGAUCAAUAUCCAUGGUUAAAUAAACCAAAUGCUUAUAUUUCAAAACAUAAUGAAGGGGAUCAUGUUUUAGCUUUCCAACGAGGUGAAGUUAUUGGAGUUUUUAAUUUCCAUUAUGAAAAGAGUUUUACAGGAUAUGGAAUUGGAGUAAAAGAACCAGGAACAUAUAAAAUCAUAUUAAAUUCUGAUUCAUCAGAAUUUGGAGGAUAUGAUAGAAUUACUUCUCAAGAAUAUGUCUCUCAACCAAUUGAAUGUGAUGGAUUACCAAAUCAAAUUCAAAUUUAUAUUCCUUGCAGAGUUGCUAUUGUUUUAACCAAAAUAAAUUAAUUCAUUCAAGUU